AUAUGUAACAAACUAUAUGUAUAUAUAAACUCUGCUCCUGACAAGCAAGGUUUGAAUUCCUUCCGCUUGCUGGCUUUCCCCAUGAUGAUAAGGAAGUCGGCCGCCAUCGCGCUGUUGCUGGUUCUGCAUCUUCUUGCUGCUGAUAUUCCUUCAUCCUCUGCCCUCCGUCCUUAUGGUUGUUGGGUGGUGACUUCACUGCAAGCUCAUUACGGGAGAGAACAAAAUGGUGGUAGGAAGGCUGGAAAUGGUGGAGAUACAGAGAUUCAGGGCAAGAACUCUGCGGCCUUCCGGAGCUUAAGAACAAUUUUGCCCAAGAGAGCGCCACCUCCACCGAUUGUUAAUAAGAAGAAGUCAUACAAUGCAUUUUCCAACCCUUCCAACUAACGUCUGAUGGAUUUGAUUGAUUUCCCCAGUUUAUGAUGGAUGCUUAUAGAUCAUUUACUACCUGCUGUAUACUGCUGUACACAAAAUAUGCAUAAAGAACAGUUUUAACUUUUACAACCCCUUCAAUCUGCUCUCAAGGCUGAAUUACCAGCUUGUGCAACCUCAAAUAGAUGUUUAAAUGUGCUGCACAAGACCAUCAAUGGAAACCCCUGCAUUCCCAUGG